AUGGGUAUUUAUGGGGCUAUCAACUCAGCGGUUUCCGGACUGACUGCGCAGGCCAUUGCCUUGGAGAACAUCUCCGGCAAUGUGGCCAAUUCGCAGACAACCGGCUACAAACGUCUGGAUACGACGUUCUCCGAUCUUGUCUCGGGUGGCGGUGCGACCCAGGGGUCUCAGGUCUCCGGGACAACAUUUGCGACUUCCCGUGCCACGAAUACCAUCCAGGGCGACAUCAGUCAGGUCGACGUCGACACCUACAUGGCCAUCAAUGGCGAGGGUUACUUUGUCGUGACCCAGGCAGCCGAUGUCGUUGACGGGUCGACGACUUUCGCCGAUGAGACUUUCUACACCCGUGCGGGCGAUUUCGAGCGCGACGAAAACGGCUAUCUCGUGAACAGCGCCGGGUAUUACCUGCAGGGCUUUCCUCUGGAUCCUGCUACCGGCAACCCGGUCGGUGACAAUCCGACGGUAAUUCAGAUCGAGAACCAGCCGCUUGCUGCUUCGGCAACAGCCGAGAUCGACUAUCAGGCAAACCUCCCGCGGGUUCCGGAUACGAACGAUUAUGAUGAUUCAGAUCCUGCUACCGCACUCCUUGCCGCUGCCGUUGGAACAGGCAAUGUCGCGGUUGCGAACGAGACCGCAUUUCUGAACAGCUCAAUCUCGGGCGGUUCCGUGACGAUCUACAACACCAACGGCACGGCAAUGAACGUGGAGGUCCGGUAUGCCAAAACGGCAAAUGCAGCCGCGGGCCCUCCGGCCGUCAAUGAUACCUGGACGAUGUAUGUCGGUUCAGGCGGCGAUGCGACGAACGCGUAUUUCGACGUAGGGGAUCUGGAAUUUGACAGCACCGGCGCGCUGACCAACAUGACCGCCGGCGUUAUCGGAACGGUCAAUUCUUCAAGCGACGGAUUUGAUUUGGCCUCGCUGACGAUCAACGGAACCACCGCGACAAAUGUCGAAGUUUCAUUCGCGGGCAAUUCGCUGACCCAGUAUUCGGAUCCGGACGGGACCGCAAGUUCGGUUGCGUUGGAUCAGGAUGGAUAUCCGGCAGGUGAAUUGACCGGAGUUGCAGUGGACCAGUCAGGCCGCGUGAUCGCGAGCUACUCAAACAGCCAGCAGCGGGCCGUUUUCGAGAUACCUCUGGCGACAUUUGAAGCCGAACAGAACCUGAAGAGGGUAGAUGGCGCAGCGUUUGCCUCAACGACGUCAUCCGGCGAGGCAGACCUUACGGGCGGCGGGCAAAUUCUCGCCAAGAACCUGGAACUUUCCAAUGCCGACAUUGCAGAUGAGUUUUCCAAGCUGAUCAUCACGCAACAGGCUUAUUCGGCAAAUUCGCGGAUUGUCACAUCGGCGGACGAGAUGCUCGACAGUGCCCUCAACAUGGUCCGGUAG